AUGGCAGGACAGGAACAGGGAGUCACCAUUUCCCAUGGAAUCUCAUGCCCCGUACGGCACAAGGAGCAUUUCGAAAAUAAGGAUUUAGAAAAGUGCAGAGAAAUCCAUCACUUGUUUGCGUUGCCAGGACCCGGGAUCCAGGAACUUAAACUGGACACCAGAAACCGGACUGGAUUUCUAUGCAGCGACGAGGAUUUGGGGGAGCCCCAGUUUCAAAUCCUUCUGGAUGUGACCCAGUUCAAACCCGAGGACAUUCUUAUCCAGGUGUUUGAAGGGUGGCUGAUGGUCCGAGGGCAACAUGGCACACGGAUGGAUGAACACGGCUUCGUGUCGCGAAGCUUCACCAGACAGUACCAGCUGCCUGAUCAUCAAAUGCAGGCAGGAGACCUGAAAGCCAUGCUGUGUCAUGACGGAAUAUUAGUCGUGGAAACCAAAGAAAGAUGGUGGGCUGCAGCUAAUUAGCUUUGGGCAAAGCUUGCAGACUCUUGACCAUAUGCAUUGAGGAGGGAAUUGAUGUCAUUUUAGGAUAAAAUCUCUCACCAUAUGUCUGCAUGCAAUUAAAUUGUUAUGCAAAAAUAACUACACUUAUGUCUAUCCCUGUUCGAAUGUAAAAAUCUCAAAUAGCUUGUGGUAUUCAUCUAUAACCUCGAACCUCUAGUAUCCUGUGAACAGUCCUCUGUUCAUCCUGACAUUGUCUUGCUUGACCAUGCAGUUCAUUCACUGCUUUGUUCUGAUAAGACCCGGAGACUGAGCGACUCACGAAACUACCAUGACUUCUCUUUUUUUUUUCCCUUUUUUUUAUUCAAGAGGCAUGACUUUUGAUUUAACUGUACUGUCUUUACUGUACAUGAAAGCUAUUUAAUGAGAACAAAUCAGUUUAAACAUUACUUGAGCACUUUAUUGACCCAAACACACACUCACACAAUAAACUAGUUAUGACACCCUGCAA